AUAGUAUAAAACAUUGUUUUCUGCGGUAGUUCUUAUUUAUAGUUUAUUUGCUCAGUGGUUCUUAUUAUGAAGCGUAGCAUCUUUAUUUUGUCUGUGUGUAUGACAUUGACAACUGACGUUUAACCUACAACUCAACAAGAUUCAAAGUCAAAUUGGACUGAAUUAAAUUUAAUAAUUUUAAAAUUCGGUAUUAAAAUACUAUAUUUAUACAAAUAAAUGUGACUUUAAUCAAUAUAGCAGCAUACACUGAUAUUAUCCUCAGUCUGGUACCCCAAGUCUCAACAUAGCUUAGAAAUUAUGGCGAAUUACAACAAUCCCAAUGACUAUUCUUGGCAAAAUCAAAACAAUAGCCAAAACUUUUCAUUUAACAAUUCAAAUGCAUUUGCAGAUCAAGGACCAACACUAGAUUUCCAAUCGUUUCCUGCGGAGACUCAAAAUUUUUCCUAUGAUCAAGGACAGCCAGCAUACCCACCAAACAACAACCAGUACUAUAACCCUAACAUAUUCACACCAGCCCCUAUGGCCCCAGAGGUAGCUGGGGAAAGCACUGAGUUUGAUGAGCCUCCUCUAUUGGAUGAACUGGAAAUAUACCCAGACAGAAUACUGGAGAAAACACUAGCGGUACUUAACCCCUUCCAUGGCCAGUCCAAGGCAGAUGAUGCAAACUUCCUUCUAAGAGACACUGAUAUUGCUGGGCCAGUGGCUUUCUGUUUAGCUCUAGCAAUAUGCCUAUUCCUAGCUGGUAAUAAGGCUCAUUUUGGAUAUGUGUAUGGCUUGUCAGUUAUGUCUGUAUUUUUAAUGUAUUGUCUGUUGUCUCUUAUGAGCCGCAGUGAGGGUGUGUUCACUCUGCUCAGUGUUGCCAGUGUGCUGGGAUACUGCAUGUUGCCUAUGGUAGUGUUGGCCACACUGGGCAUAUUCAUAUCACUUGAAGGAACUAUUGGCUUGUCUCUGUCAGCUGUGGCAGUGAUCUGGUCUGCCCUGUCAGCCAGCAGACUGUUUGUGACAAUGUCAGGCGAUGCGGAGCAGAGGCCCCUCAUUGCAUACCCCUGUGCCUUAGUUAAUGGUGUAUUUGCUUUGCUGGUUCUUUUCUAAUAAAAAAACAUUAUCAUUAACACAGUUGAAACUAUUCCUAAAUAACAAAUUACCAGUAGCAUUAUUAAAAUUCAAUAAGUCUUACUUAUUACUUAAUGUAUUUUUAAUGUGUUAAUUAUGUAUGUAAGAUUGGUAAUAAAAUAAAUUAGAUCUUGACAACAGC